AUGGCGAGCCGCUCCUCCGCUCGAGACCGAGCGACCGGGAGACCGAGGGCGGCAGCGGCAGCGACAGCGACUGCGGCGGCUCGCGCUGCGGUGGCGACCACCCCGCUUCUACCCUCGGCCCCUCCGACCGCACUCAUUGGGACCGGGUCGUCUUGUCCGGGAGCCAUGUGGCGCUCCGCGGCCGCUGGCUCUCGGUCCGACUCCGAGUCCGAGGAGGAAGACCUCCCCGUCGGGGACGAAGUCUGCAAGCGUGGCUACCUGAGGAAGAAGCGCGGGCAUCGGCGCUACUUCGUGCUCAGACUCGAGACGGCCGGAGCCCCGGCGCGGCUCGAAUACUAUGAAAACGCCAGGAAGUUCCGCGACAGUGUCCGCGCGGCGGCGGCUGCAGCCGCGGCGACCGCUUCGGGCGCCGCCGAGGUUCCGGAUCUCAUCCCGCCGCGGCGCGUGAUCACCUUGCACCAGUGCUUCUCGGUGAGCCAGAGAGCCGAUGCCCGCUACCGGUACCUCAUCGCCCUCUUCACCCAGGAUGAGUACUUCGCCCUGGUCGCCGAGAACGAGUCAGAACAGGGGAGCUGGUACUUGCUGCUCAGCCGCCUCAUCCUCGAGAGUAAGCGCCGCCGCCGCGGCACGCCCAGCGCCCGACCGGUGGCAGAAGGGGACGACGAGAGGGCGGUCGCAACGGUGGCCGAGCCACCCUUCUACAGAGAUGUGUGGCAGGUAGUGGUCAAACCCAGGGGCCUGGGGCACCGCAAAGAGCUGAGCGGCGUGUUCCGGCUGUGCCUGACCGACGAGGAGGUCGUGUUCGUGAGGCUGAAUGCCGAGGUGGCCAGCGUGGUCGUCCAGCUCCUGAGCAUCCGUCGCUGUGGGCACACGGAGCAGUAUUUCUUCUUAGAAGUCGGCAGGUCCACCGUCAUCGGUCCGGGGGAGCUCUGGAUGCAGGUCGAUGACCGCGUAGUAGCUCGAAACAUGCACGAGCUGUUUCUUUUAAAGAUGAGAGCCCUGUGCGCAGAGGAAUACAGAGCCCGCUGCCGCGGCUACACCUUCACCAUCGGCGCCCACCUGUUAACUCUGCUGUCCACUAGGAGGCAGCUAGACAAGCGGCCCGGGGAGCCGGGCGGCUGGUUCCGUAGGUCCCGCUUUGAGCAGUUUUACCACCUCAGGGCCAUCAGGGACCGGGAAGACGACGAAAGCCUACUCACCCGCCGCAAUCAAUCACCCAAUGUUGCUGUGCCCCAGGCCAGGCGAGGACGGCCACAACUGCCCCACCUGCCCAGAGCCCGCAGGGCGAGAAGAGCUGCUUCCUUGCCCGCCAGCUGCUACCGCCGCUUUACGCUGAGUCCUGCGGGUGCAGUGCAACCUGCUGAAGCUCCCAGUGAUGGAGCUCGCCCGGCUUCUAACAGAUCAGGUUCCAGCCCUGGUAACUCUGGGGAAGAAGGCGAGCCUCAGGGCAAAGAGGAGCUGGAAAGCAAUGAAGGCGACUAUAUGCCCAUGAGAAAAUGGGGCUCAGGAAAUGGCCGAGGAUCCGGAGACGGCCAGGGCCCCUGUGGACAGAGUCCAGGAGGAAAUCAGUGCUCUGGAGGAGGAAAGGGCUCCGGAGGUGGCCAGGGCUCAAGUGGCAGCCAGGGUGCAAGUGGCAGCCAGGGCUCUAGUGGCCAGAGUUCAGGAGGCCAGGGUGCAGGAGGAAACCAGUGUUCAGGACGUGGUCAGGGCACAGCAGGUGGCCAUGGCUCAGGCGGUGGACAGGGAGCUGGAGGUGGCCGUGACUCAGGGAGUGGCCAGGGGCCCCGCGAUGGUCCUGGGUCUUGCAGUGGUAAAAUCUCUGGUGGGGAAAAAGGUUCUGGAAGUGGGAAGGUAUCUGGUGGCAGUGGUGAUCAGGGGAAAUCUCUGAAGAAAAGAUCCUACUUUGGCAAAUUAACCCAAAGCAAGCAACAUCGAAUUCCGCUGCCACCCCCACCCCCGCCCCCACCCACACCAGCAGGUGGAGCAAAGGGAAGGGCUGGAGGAAGGUUCCGACUUUAUUUUUGUGCUGACCGAAGUGCCACAAAAGAACGUAAAGAAGUCAAAGAAGUUAAAGAGAAAGGGCUCCCAGAAGGUGGAGCUCGGGGUCUUCACAGAGCCAGAGCUUUUGAUGAAGAGGAGGAUGACCCCUAUGUGCCAAUGAGACCUGGGGUGGCUUUCCCUCUUGCCAGCUCCAGUGACUAUAUGCCAAUGGCCCCUCGACACCCUGCUGCCUCAAAAUCACGCCACUCUCGAUCCCCUUUUGAAGAUUCAAGAGGGUACAUGAUGAUGUUUCCCAGAGUGAGCCCACCAGCUGCACCAAGUCCUCCCAAAGCACCCGGGCCUGAUAAGAAAGAUGAGUCAAAGGACAAUGACAGUGACAGUGACUAUAUGUUUAUGGCUCCUGGAGCUGGUGCAAUUCCCAAAAACCCUCCAAGUCCUCAGGGCGGUUCUUCCUCCAAAAGUUGGAGCUCCUACUUCUCUCUGCCAACUCCUUCUCAGACCUCCCCAUUAGGACAGAUGGACCACAGUGAGUAUGUCCCAAUGUUAACCAGAAAAUUCCUGGGGAUGGGUCUGGACAAAGAAGGCUCACCUGAAUGGGGCAGCCCCAAAGAUACAGUCUCAAAGCCUUCAGUUGAGGGGUCCUUCUCCGAGCCUGGAGAUGGGGGAUCAUUUUCACAGUCUUUGGUUGAUAUUCCCUUCCAGGGCAAAGCUAACAAACCUGACCAGCUUGCUUUUAUUAAGAAGGGAAAUACAAUUGAGCCCAGUUCGCAAAAGCCCACACAUGAUCAGAGAGAAAAUGACAGUGCUUCUGUCUACGUCAACAUUGACUUCACUGAAAGAGCUAGCCAUUCGUCAGUUCCCUUUGGUCAAGGACAGGCAGAUACUCGGGGCAUCCUUGCUGACCCCAGAGAAUACUCCUUUUCUCAUUACAUAAAUAUUCAGUUGAGAGUGCCAUUUCUGAGCCAAGAAAAUCUCUCAGACCUUUUAAGGGCCAUUCCGGGUGCCAACCUCUUCUCUCUGGACUUUGCAAGGUGGCCACUUCGCCCCAGUGCUACAGGUGGCAUCGUUAGUGUAGGAGAGGGUGAAUACAUUGAAGUGAGGUUUAGCCCGGCAAUGGCAUCUUCGGCACCUUUUGCUGACAGUGCCUUUCGCUACGAUGCUGAAACAGGUCGAAUCUACGUGGUCGAUCCAUUUUCCGAGUGCUGUAUGGACAUCUCUCUCUCCCCGAGCCGGUGCUCAGAGCCACCACCUGUAGCUCGGCUGAGGCAGGAGGAAGAGCAAGAGAGAAGAAGCGCACCAAGUCGCUCGCAAAGUUCUGCCUCCGCUAGAGCCGCCGCUUCGGCUUUCCCAGCGGACAGCCUGGAGGGAAACCCCUCGGCCUCUGCUGCUGCGCCGACUUUAGCCAUGGGCCCUGCACUAGCUGCCGCCUCUGCGCUAGCCGCCGCCCCAGCAGUCGGCUCUGCAGCUGCGGGCUUUGGGGUAGACUCCGCCCCCGCCCGCUGGUUCCAACUUGUUGCUAACGGUGCAGGUGCAGAAGCUGAGAGAGGGGCCCAAGAAAUUGCUGGUGGUCCGAACCGAAGGGCCCCAAAUCCAUUUGAAGCCCUUGCUGGAGGUGAGAAUGGGGCCCGCGGGGCGGCUGCCGCAGCUGCUGCUCCCCCCGUACCGCCUCCCCGCCGCCGGGUGCCGAGACCCCCGGAGCGAGAUGAUUCUGACGACGACGACAGUACCUACGUGAGAAUGGACUUUUCCAGGGCUGACAACGAGGAGUCUGACGCACCUUAAAGAGAGUCAUUACAUUGCCGCGAAAAAUACAUGUUAAAAGAAGAAUGAUGCUUAUGAAAAUUCAUCUCCAGAUCUGCCUAAGAGUAGGAAAAUUCAGAGGCUUCUGAAUAAAAAGCAACCUGAAUGUUUACGUCUACAAGUGGAUGAUGGCAGCUGAAUGAUCCUGUUCCACACAGAUCAUUCUUGCUGCUGCCUUGUGGAUAUAGUGAUGUUGAUUUAAGAAAUUCAUACUGUCCUUGGUAUUUGCUUUCUGAUUUCCCCUCCCUACUUUUUUGCUUUGAAAGAAACUAGAUUGUACAAGCAAGCAUCUUGCAACUCUGUCAUUCUCCUCUUUGAAUAAUAUUAUUUGCAUAUGUAUAAAUGUGGCCAAUACCUAUUUUACUUAUGUAUAAUAUUUAGAUAAAUUUUGAAGUCAAAAAUCCUUCAAAAAUGAGAAGAUAAAGAGUUCAAGUUUUAUUUGUGAGAAGGUAGGUAUGAUCUGGAAUCUUUAUUCUGAGUUGUACAUACACAAACAUUUCUUGAUCAAUGAAUUACAUAUCAACUGAAUUUGCAUCUUGAUGAGACAUUUUUGAUAUUUUAAUGGCAGGACUAAAGGACAGAUCUCAGUUAUUGUUAAUUAACAACACUGCAACAUUCUGUCUAUACUAAAUGUCAACAAAACUGGUGUGAUGAUUGAGCAUUU